CCAAGUCAAAAACCCAUUCCAGCAACUGGAAAUAUUGUUCCCAUAAUAUUGCCUAUCUCAGUGGAGCCUAAUAAGACUGUCUUUACAAAAACAGGGACCAAAAGUGUGCCACAUCCACCCAGUCCAUCAAAGAACACCAAAACAGAACCUAAGACCUCUGAGACUACAACUUGUAGGGAUCAUGAGAAAGCAGGACAGGAACUUUGUUACGUGUGUAUGCAGCGCACUAAGGCCAACAGUGCACUGUAUUCUAAAGUCGAGAACAAAGAAGAAGAACAGGACGAGCAAUUUCUACAUCAAUACCAGAUAAUGAACAACAAGGACACUGCAUUCAAAGACCAGUUGAGACUAAAAUCAGAAAAAGAAGAAUGCAUGAAGAAUGCUGCAUAUAACCUUGGUGUCGCAGAUGCUAUAAAAUCACAGAGGAAUCAGAAAUGCCACUUUUCUAAUCCAUACAUCUUUGAGAACCGACCAGAAAGUGCUGCUAUUGUCACUGAAAAGAAAAAUGAGUAUACUAAGAACCUUCUUAAACAAAUAGAUGCCAAUAGUAAACUGGCCAAGAAAAAACAAGAAAGCCAGGAAGUCUUGGAGCAGCUAGAACGGCUGCAACUCAAACAAGAGUGAGUUUUGGUGGACUUGCAGGGAGACUCCGGUGGGGAAGGGUUGGGCAGCACAGCUAGUGCUUCAGCACAUCUCAGGCAGCCAACCAGGAUCCCCAUGCAGCCCGUCAUCGCCACCAUGCUUAGUGUCAGGACAGCCUUAGUGGCCAGGCACAGUUGUCAGUCAGCACCAUGGCCUUUGGCUUUGUGGUCAGUGGUGUUAGUAGAGGAAGAAGGGGCCAGUCUGAGGCAGGGACCCUUCCCAGUGUAGGUUUAUCAUCAGUCUCUUGGGGGCCCUGGAGCCAAGGUCAGGAGUGUGGGGGCCCAGACUGGAAGCAGGGUUCAGGCCAUCAUGGAAAGCAUUCAACAUACUCAUACCUGCCAUUCUCCUGUAGCUCAGACAGGGAUGAACAUUUCUCUCAUUUCCCACUUCUGAGGAAAGAGAGUGUUUUGUUGCACAUGGCUUGAGGCUGAACAUUUGAGUCAGGGAGGAGGUUAGGAGAGAAGUGAAGGAAACUGCUGUGGGAAAUACUCCCCCAAAUGGAGGUAAUUCCUGCCUCCAUAAAGCUAGACUCUCUCUCUCUCUCUCUCUCUCUCUCUCUCUCUCUCUCUCUCUCUCUCUCUCUCUCCCCCUUCCUCCCUCCUUCCCUCCAUUCCUUCCUUAUUUGCCACUAUGGUUAUUUGGGGCCUGGUGCCCUGACACUUCACUAUUUUUGACAGUCCUUUCUCCCAUCCAAGUACUAACCAGGUCUGACCCUGCUUAGAUUCUGAGAUCAGAUGA